CGGCGUUUAAGAUACUUGCUACUUGUGAUUUAAUUUUUCUGUUUUAGUUUCCAAAAUAAUGCAUUUAGUUUAAAAUAAAUAUGGACUUACCACAACCACCACAGGAUAUCGAGUUAAGAAAUAUAAUUGACAAACUAGCACAAUUUGUUGCUAGAAAUGGGCCAGAAUUUGAGCAAAUGACUAAGAAUAAACAGAAAGGCAAUCCAAAGUUUCAAUUUUUGUAUGGCGGCGAAUAUUUUAACUAUUAUCAGUACAAAGUUACAACAGAACAAGCCAUAUUUAAACAACAACAGUCUACUAUUGUAAAUGAUCAAAGUAAUAAUUGGAAUAAUCUUCCACCAACACAAAAUAAUAUGGAAAUAGAGCAGUUAACGAAGCAGCAGGAUGCUCUGAGAGAGCAAAUAAAGCAGAGUGAACAAAACCUAACAGCACAACAUACUGUACUUUUACAGCAGCAGCAGGCACAGGUAGAACAGGCUGUGGCAAAAUGCGAGUCUGCUGAUUUACAGAAAGAAGCAGAAAACUGUGGUAUAGCACUUCCCGAAAUUUAUAAUAUAUUGCAACCAAUUAUUGAUAGCUGUACCAAAGACAGUAUAAGCAAUGGUAAAUCAUGGUUUCUUCAACAUGCAACAACAAAACAAAAAGCUUAUUGUAUUGUCGAAUGUUUAUUAUACAAAGUUUUACAAUCUGGUACAUUUUCCCAAAAGUUACAUGUCAUUUAUUUAGUAAAUGAUCUGUUACAUCAUAGUGCACGCAAAAAUGCAAAUGAAUUAAAAGAAGCUUUAGAGCAUGUGGUGGUUCCUAUGUUUUGUAACGCAAGCAUUGCAGCCAAUGAUGAUCAGAGACAGAAAUUAGAUAAGUUAUUGAAACUGUGGGAGUCAAAAGCCAAUUACCUUAAAGCUGAUACUUUAGAAAAAAUGAGGCAUCCACUACAAAGUUAUCAGCAAUAUCAAUCUGACCAAAUGGCGAAAUAUGCCACAGAAGUCGCUGCCUUAGCUCAACAAACAAAGAUAACAUUUGAUGGCUACCAGGCUCAACAUCAAGCUUUUGUUUGCCAUGCAAUGCAACAAAUAAUGGAUUUGCAACAGCAGAAACAGAACCUGGAACAACAGCAACAACAGCAGCAGCAGCAGCAACAGCAGCCGCCACCUCAACAACCCCCACAAGUACCCUCAAUAGUGUCUAAUGCAACAAAUAUCAUUCCUUUAGAAACAAUACAAGCUAGUUUGCAACAGACUAUUCAAAAUUUAAGUCAAAGUGUGACCACGCCCCCAGCACAAACUAAUGCACAUCCCUUUCCGAUGCAACAUAUAAAUCCCCCUAAUCCCAACGACAACUUCGUACCGAUGAACACUUCUAUCCCACCACCUAGUAUAAACCAGCAACCAAACUCAACUCAUCAACCAUCCCCUGGAGUAAAUCAGUUAUCAAACAACAUUAGUCAACAUGGCAACAACAUUGGACCGCAUCCCAGUGAUAUACAUCAGUUAAGUAAUCUAAAUCCGCCUCCGAAUUUCACAUCUCCGCCAGAUAUGAGUCAACAGCCCCCUCAACUGAGUCAGCCCUCGAAUGGUAUCGAAAGUAUUCCAUUCACCCAACCUCCACCGGGAUAUUUUCCACCGCCAGGUAUGUUUCCGGACUUCUCAAAACCACCUCCCGGAUUUCCCUCCAAACCGGAACCAUAUUUGGAAGAACUGAUGCCCACUGCUCCCUACUACGACUUGCCCGCAGGAUUAAUAGUACCACUAAUUAAGUUGGAAGAAACAACAUAUAAACCGUUAGAUCCUAAAGAUAUUAGGUUGCCUCCACCAGCUCCACCUAGUGACCGACUUUUGGCUGCUGUAGAUGCAUUCUAUUCCCUUCCGAGCCAUGACAGGCCCCGAGACAGCGAAGGGUGGGAAAAACUAGGUUUAUAUGAGUACUACAAGGCAAAGAAUAAUGCCAAAAGAGAGAAAGAGGAUUUAAUAGCGGCAGGACUGAGACAGCAGUCUAGGAGUCCGAGCCCAAUAAAUUUGCAACCCGAAAAAGAACCUUCGCCGCCAAAGAGGAGGUACCGUAGUAAAUCGCCUACACCCCCAUUGACAUCGCACAGAAGUAGUAAAAGGUCCCGGAGCCGAUCUAGGUCGAGAUCACGUUCGAGAAGCAGAUCCAGAAGUCCCAGAAGGAGGCAUCGAAAUACUAGAGAGCCAAGAGAUGGCAGAGAAAGUCGGAGACGGAGGAGUCCAUCCCGUUCUAGAUCUCGAUCCCCCGUAAGAAGGUCUCUGUCGCCGCCCCCUAUUAAUUUUUCUAACCUUAAUUUUGUACAAAAUACUCCUCAAGAACUGGAUCCAUCCAACAAAGGUCACCAGAUGCUGCGAAAAAUGGGGUGGGGUGGGAGUGGCUUGGGGGCCAACGAACAAGGUAUAGACGCUCCGAUUUCAGGUGGUGAUGUUCGGGAUAGACAAGAUCAGUUUAAGGGAGUGGGUUGUAAUCUAAACGAUCCUUACGAGAACUUCAGAAAAAAUAAAGGUGCAGCAUUUAUAACCAGAAUGAAAGCGAGAGCAGAAGAAAGGGCUGCCGAGAGUAAGUUGAUUGAUUAUUAAGUUCUUAAGUUGAAAAAUGAAGCAAUAUUUUCAUCGCAGGUCAAUUUUUUAGUAGCUUAUUAUGUACCUAUCGUAAAAUAACGGAUUUUAUUUUCCUACUAAACAAUUGUUUCAAAUCUGAGAUGAGAAAAAAAUGAUGUGUAUUGGUGAAAAUUAAAAUUAUUGUAUUUUGAUAAUGCAGCCUGAGACCCAGUCCGAUUUUUUAAAGGAAGAUUUUAGGCCCAUAUAGUGAACUUUCAUGAUGAAAAUAAUUCGAAUGAAAGUGACCAAAUAUAAAAUAGGGGUUGCAUGUGCAAUUUUAUUUCAUAAUUAUGAUAGAAUAAAAUGUUUCCUGUAUUUCAUAAAACUUCCAUUUUUCUUAAAGUUACAGCUUAUGAAAGUUUGAAAAUAGAAUAUUAGUAUCAAAUUAAAAUUUAAUACUAAAAAAUAUAUAUUUUAAAAAAUAAAAAACCCACAUAUUGUAUCUAUCAAUUGAUUAUGAAAAAAAUAUAUUUUGUUCAAAUAUAUGUAACCGUUUUCAAGAUCUCAGGGUUGGCAAUCCCUACUUUAAUUUAUUUCAUUGUUCGAAAUUUUUUCGCCACAGAAUUUCUCUACGUGAGCUAGAAAAUCAUAUCAUUUGUUAAAAUAUGACCACCGCUCUGUUGUAUUACAAAUUGUAAACUAUUUUUCAAACAUUGUAUAUAACAGUCAUAUUUAUAAAUCUAAUUUUAUUAUUUGGAUCACAUUUGUUGACUAUUGUUGUUUUUUAAUCUGAUCUUUCAUCAGUAUCACAGAGAUAUGGAUGUGUAUACAACAAUAAAAAAAUCAAUGUAUUUAAUUUACAUUGCAAAUACAGUGUAUCACUAUAUCCACAUUUUUAUACCUUUAAUUGUUAUCUUUAAUUUGAAACUAAUUGGCAAAAAGCAAAAAAGCUAUUAUAUAUUAUAUUUCAAUUCAAUUUUUAAUAGUUUGGCAAUAGAAAUUUUUGUUUUAAUUUAAUAACUUACAUUGAACUGGAAAACCUGUUGCUAAAAUAAUAGGAAGUUUUAUAUACUGAACAGUAAUAGAGUUUUAAGAUUUAUAUAAAAUGUAGUUGUUAUUAAACUUAUUUGGAAUGUAACUGGAAAAUAAAAUCUGGAAAAUUAUUCUAAUCAAAAUUAGGCAUUCUCUCUAAACAACAAAUACCUAUAUUCCAUUGUCAAAGGUAGCACUAAUAAAAAGAAGUUAAAUAGUAAAUAAAAAUUUUAAUACAGUAAAACUAUCAACAUUUUUUAAAGUAAGGAGAUUUUGACAUAAAUUCUGUAUGUAGUGAUAGUAAUAAUACUUGAAUCAUUUAAUAAUUUUUAUAAUAGUAUGAAUAGCAGCAAUAAUAAUUCUACGCUUAUGUUUUCAAAAGGUCAUUAAAAUCGUCAUCUAUAGGAAAAACUUCAAUCCUGCAACGAAAUGCAAAUUGGAAGGUGCCUACCUGUGUUAUAACGACAAUGUUUAAUUGCUUAAAGAAGUUUCCAUACUUAAAAAAACUGAUUGAUUCAAAAACACGAUAUUUUUUAUCAAUCUUUUUGUUUUUCUAGGAAAAGGUUUUGAUUAAACUGGCUUCUUUUUUAAUUAAGCAUAAAAAUAUUUUAAAUAUGAAUUGUACAUCGUAUUUAUGGAUAUUCUAUGUUCAAAUAAGUUAUUUUAUAAUUUUCCUAAUUUUAUUAAGAAUGUUUGAUCUUUCCUCCUCUCCUGUAUGCUGAGAAUGGGAAAAAUAUUGUAAA